AUGGGUGAUGUGCAUUUUGAACGAAAUGUCUCCAACCAUGAUGAAUGGGGUAAGGCAAUUAUUAUAUACAAUGCAUUUGACGCUUUGCAUGAACUUGAUGAUGCAGACGAGAUUCCGAGGGGUCCUAACAUAUGCAGCCCCGUCAGAGGCAUUCUUGAAACUCGAGUUCGAUUGAAUAAUGUCAUUCAUGUUCAAUCUUCUAUAUUGCCUCAAUGGAAAUGGUUUGUUAACUAUGAUUCUGUGGGAAAUCGUAUUUGGUUGGCUUGGGAUGAUAAUUUUAUUGAUGUCCAUAUACUUGACGUGGGAGAACAGUUCGUGCAUUGUCGUGUCACAUAUAGGGCUGUCGAUGAACCAGUCUUUAUUACUGUUACUUAUGGAGCUUCUAAGGUGGUCGCCCGUAGGACUCUUUGGACUACUUUAAAGAUAUUAGCUCAGCAGUGCUCGAACGACCCGUGGCUGGUAGGAGGGGACUUCAAUGCUGUUCGAGAUCUUAAUGAGGUGUGUGGAAUAUCAGGGGACAUUCGGAUGGUGAUGGAUGAAUUUAAUUCUAGAAUACAAGAGGCUGGACUAAUGCCUCUACCUAUGCAAGGCGAAUGGUACACAUGGCACAACUGUAGCUCGAGCACCAGGAGUUUAUGGAAGCGGUUGGAUAGACUCCUUAUUAAUGAUCAAUGGCUGGCGAGAUUUCCUAUGUCAUUCUAUCAUAGCCUUACACUGUGCACAUCUGACCACUCACCUUUAGUCAUCUAUGGAGACACGCAACAACAAUACGGAGGUAUGUUUCGGUUUGAUAACUACCUUGCAUUAUCAUCUGACUUUAUACCCAGCGUGAAGAGUAUUUGGCAACAUGAGGUGGUGGGAGUGCCUAUGUUUGCGGUGACGCGCAAACUGAAAGCCCUAAAACCGGUCUUCAGAGCACAGAAAAAGAAAAAGGGGGACUUAACAAUCAAAGUCCAAUUGGCCAAAGGAUUUUUGGAGGAGAUUGCUCAUAGAAGAGUGACAAGGAAAAUCCUACAGAUCAAUGAUGAGAAUGGCAACAUCCACACGGAACAAGGGGAAAUUGUUCAUGAAUUUAUCUCAUACUAUCAGAACCUCUUAGGAGGUACCAGAAGAAAUGUUCCAGUGGAUAUUCGAUACCUUAGGCCGUGGGCGAGGCAUAUUCUUACCGAUGAGGAAACUGGUCUCCUCCUCUUGCCAUUUUCACCAGAUGAUGUUAAGCAGAUAUUAGGAAAGCCUAUGACACGGUGGAAUGGGACUUCCUAUUAG